CAUAGUCGUCGUGGCGGAAUCGACGCUGGACGAGACGAAACCCGCGUGUUCGCCGUUGCCGCGCGGCAUCGCCGUUGAGCAGCGCGCGCGAAUUGGUGCGCGCACACACACACGCAGACGAUUCGUAUUUCGCGCGCGUCGCACACAUGCACGCGGAGUGCGCAUACGUACGCGCGACACCUGUAAAACCGGUGACGUGUCUGUGUACAGUCGGGCGCGUUAACGGCGCAUGUCAGCAGUCGGACGCUCGCUUCGCUCACAACCGGCCGGUCUUCCUCUUCCUCUCUGCGCGACGUUCGAGAAGUGUCUCUCAGUUCUCUCACGCUUUUUCGUUCGCACGUUCGUCCCCCGAGGAGAACCAAGGAAGAUUCUCGCGCGUCGCGAAACGUCCCUGGUCAGCGCAAUAGCCCGCGGAGAGAACGUGAGAGGAGGCGGUGAGGGCUUAGGAUCCAAGCCGGGAAAACUGAAGAGAGAGUCAUAGCAGAAUGUAAACGUCCGUCGUUGACCGUGACGUCGCCUAUCGGCAGGAGGUGGAGGAGGAAGGGGACAAGGAAGCACUGGCCGUGACUUCGCCGCCGUCGUCGUCGUCGUCGUCGCCGUCCGCGCCGUCCGCGCCGCCGACGGAGACGCGAUGGACGAACCCGAGGCGCCCGAGACGUGGUCGGCCUGGUUUUUAGAUGCGAUCCGGAAGAUCCGUAGCCAAAAGCAACGACCGAGCGUCGAACGGAUAUGUCACGCGAUACGCCAGCAUCACAAUUUCCACGAGGAGGAGAUUUCCGAACACCUGGAGGUCGCCGUGAAGCGCGGCGAUGUGCUCAAGAUCUUCAACAAGGGCCAGUCUUCGUACAAGGAUCCAGGCAUUCUUCAAUCCAAGAAGCUCAAGGUCUCCAAAUCGACCGACAUCAGCAAGGUCUUGGGCAAGGCUGUGCGCGAACUUGGCGAGCGCGAGGGUUCGAAUCUGAGGAGCAUCGAGAGGUACAUUAGGCAGAGUCACCGUGUCGAGGAGGAUACCGAGGGUGAUCUUAGGAUCGCCCUCAAGCUCUCUGCCAAGCGAGCGGUCGAGCGGGGCCUGGUGCUCCAGGACGGCAAACUCUUCCGGCAAACGGACAGGCCGCCGUUUUUCAAGAAGUUCAGCGAUGCCGCUCAUACGCCGCCCAGGGAACCGCCCGCGCCCAAGUUGCCGGCUCCAUUGCCAAUAUGCAAAGAGUGCCUCGGUGCCACGAUGGCCGGCAACAACAACAACAACAGCAAGCGGAACGCCAACGAGAAGCUAAGCAGGUGCAGCGUCUGCGGUGCGGCCCUGCACAAUUCCUGCGCGCCACCGGAGCUCUCGGUACUUGUCGAUCGAGGAAUAACCUGGUCCUGCGAUGACUGUUCGCCAACCUGCGCCGGCUGCCAGCUGGAGCGAGAGUCGCAGAAUUAUCUUGUCAAGUGCGCCGGCUGCGUGAAGUGUUUCCAUCCCGCCUGCCUCGAUCCCGCCCUCGACAAGAAGAACAAGACGCCCUGGAAGUGUCGACACUGCCAAACGGCGCACACGCCGGUGAGCAAGGACGACGGUAAGCGGGGCAAGGCGCAGGAUGCAAAUUCGACCGAUGACACGCCGACGAGCGCGAGGAAGAGGUUCAGCAAGUUACGUGAGAAUCGAAAAUCGAUGGUAUCCAGAAAAAGCUUGGCGAACGCGAAUCCGGGCAAGAAGGGCAGCGCGGGAGUGGCUCAGGUGGACAGCAGCACGGACGGUAAUGCGGGUGUUGUCUCCCCUCGUCAACCACCUUUGAUUUCCUCUCCUUUACCACAACCCCCCACCCCACUCGCAGGCCAGGGUAGGCUGCUCGAGGAAAAGAACGACAGGAUCUCCAAGGAGAAGCAAAAGUUCUUUAGAUUGAGCGCGUUUAACGCUGAGCACAGUAAACUAAAGCGGGUGGGGGGCGGUGAUAAAUCUAGGCCCUUGCGGAACGUUAACGUUAGGUCGACCCGGGGCGGUACCGCGAACCCGAAAAAGGUCGGAACGCCGCGUGUAUCUAGCAGCAGUAGCAGCAGCAGCGAGGCUGGUAAUAGCAGCGAGAGCUCGGAAGGCAGCGAUAGUAGUGAUGAGGAUGACGAUGAGGACGACGAAGACGACGAGGAGGGCAAUAGCUCGAGCGAGAGCAGCGAUUCCUCCUCGUCGGACGAAGUCCAGGAUGGGAGAAUCGAGUCUCCUAAGGCGAAGGCGCCAUUCGCUUGUGACCUCAACGAGGACAAGCCGUGGGGUUUUGCCGCCGCCGCCGCCAAACUGAACGUAAAGUCGCCUUUCUUCAGCAAUACCAAUACUUUUGGCGCGCCAUUACCCAAACUCAACGUGGGCGAUACGCCGACAUUUGGCUUACAUAUACAACAGCCAGCUACUGUUAAUCCGUCAGAUAACAAAAAGAAAGAUAAGUCCGAGCGCAAUACCGCACAGGUUCCGAGCGCGGAUAAGGAUAACAAGGUCAAGCCUGGAAGCGGCCAAUUGAGAGGUCUAUUCGACGGCUUGAGUCACUUUUUUUCAGCACCCGCGAAUAGCAGGGCGAGAUCGGCCGGUAUACCGGCGCCGAAUUACGCGCCAGACCGGAGGAAAAGGCCUAACACGGAGGAUACUGUUAAGACGAAUAAAAUUCCGAGAGGCAGAGAGGCACAGAGAAACAAACCGGACGACUCAUCUGGCACGAAUAAACUCAAAGAUCGUAAAAAGACUGAAGCUACCACUGAGAUAUCGAGAUUACCGAAACCCGGUAUUUUUGUACCUUCCGACGAGAAUGUAUUAAGUUCGAUUAACGAGAAAUUACCGAGGAUGACGCCCUCGGGUCUGGUAAAAACUGCGGUGAACAGUAAAAGACACGAGCAUGAGAGGAGAAAACUGAUGCAUGACAACACGUCGCUCGUGAAGUGUGCCGCGGAUCCAGCCUCACCAUCGAGACACGAGCAGCAGCAGCAGCAGCAACAAUCACGAAAGAAGCAAACAGCUUCGGAUAUGAGUACGCAGAUACGCCACCCUGCAUCCGCCGUUGCGAAAUCCUCAGGCCUCGGUUCCGAUCCUGUCAAAUCAAGUCCUAAUCCAAAGUCCAAUCCACGAGCCUGUACUAGCGCCACCACCACCAACACCACCACGACACCCCGCGCGACACCCUGCUCCACCAGGAAGGAUGAACUAAUCGUGCCGCAGACCUUACCGCCAGGAGUCACGCAGAAGGAUGUGGAUCUCAUCCAGGAAGCUCGUGAGAGAGCUCGGCUGACGGUUAGCAACGACAAGAAUGAACAAUCGUCCGACAAUGCGCGGAACCCCGCUGCGAUAGUAUUCGGUCGAUACGAGGUGGAGACAUGGUAUUCUAGCCCGUUCCCUCAGGAAUACGCACGAUUACCGAAAUUGUUCUUCUGCGAGUUUUGUCUCAAGUAUACGAAAAGCCGGGCAGUAUUGGACAGGCAUAUGGACAAGUGUCAGUGGAGACAUCCACCUGCCACCGAGAUCUAUAGGUGCGAUGGAUUGUCCGUGUUUGAGAUCGAUGGUAACGUAAACAAAAUAUACUGUCAAAAUCUGUGUUUACUGGCAAAGUUAUUUUUGGAUCACAAGACUCUCUAUUACGAUGUAGAGCCGUUUCUUUUUUAUGCUAUGACCAAAAACGACAAAUACGGCUGUCAUUUGGUCGGUUACUUCAGCAAGGAGAAACACUGUCCGGCUCAGAGGUACAACGUGUCCUGCAUUAUGACCCUCCCGCAAUAUCAACGACAAGGUUUUGGCAGGUUUCUCAUAGAAUUCAGUUACCUGUUAUCCAAGGUCGAAGGCAUCCCGGGAACGCCAGAAAAACCGCUUUCAGAUCUCGGUCGAGUGUCGUAUCAUUCCUUUUGGAAGAGCGUAGUGCUCGAGUACCUGGACGCGCAUCGAAGCGAUACUAAUGUCAAGCUGAGCGACAUCACGAAGGAGACUGGCGUGUCGGCGCACGAUAUUGCAACAGCAAUGCAAUUGCUCGGAUUUAUAAGGUCGGCUCAUCUGCCGGGAGAUGCGAACACUAAUAAAGUGGCUGUGGUAGUUGAUUGGAGCAAGGUAGAUGCUCACAUGGCGAAAGUACGAAAGAGUUUCCGCAUCAAGUUGGAUCCCGAUUGUCUCAGAUGGAUACCGUUGCUCACGCAAAUCCCUAAUCCGUAUCAGAAUCCAGAGGAGAGCGGUGACGCUAGUUCGGAAAUGUCUCCUACGAUGGAGCCUAAGCCCGUGCCAGCCGUUGUCGAGAAAAUACAAAGAGUGAAGAUAAAGAAGAAGCCACGCGGUAGGAGAGUAAGUCAAAGGAAAUCGACGCCUUUGAAACCGACGUCUUUGAAAUCGACACCAUUGAAACCGAAGACUUCGCAAAAGACUGCAGCGUCUCACAAGGACGCGUCCAAAGAAGAGAAGGAUGUUAAAGAUACGAAGGAAAUUAAAGCGGCGAAAGAGUUGAGAGAAUCGAAAGAAUCCGUAAGAGAAAGUCGUAGUUCCGAGAGGACAGAGAAUCGGAAAGAUUCUCGUGCGGAAACAGAAGCUAAGAUUGUAACGUCUACACCGAGAAAUGCGCGUGCCCUAAACUCGGCAAAGAACGUAACUCCGACGAAUACGCCGAAGUCAGUGCAAAUGACGAUGUCGCGGAGAAGGAUCAGACCACCUAAAACGCUUGUGUCCGAAUCAGUCAUCACGCCUUUGCGAAAACGAAAACAUUCCGAGAAGCUUGAAGUCGAGGAAGAGAAAAUAGAAUUCAGCAGUAGAAAGAGGACGCGAGAAUCUCUAAGAGAAAAGGAAAAGGAGAGAGAGCGAGAAACUGAACGGGAGCGCGAGAAGGAGAAGGAGAAGGUAAGAGAGAGGGACAGUAAAGCGAAAGAAAGGGAAUCUCUGAAAGAAACAUCGAUGGAUACUAGAAAAACACCCCUCAAAUUAGAUUCUGCGUCGAGUCCGCCUAAACCGGCAAAGAAACAAUGCAAAGUGGACGAUCUUUUGUUGAAAGUUACCAGCAGACAAACAAAGUUGCAGGCGAAGGAAAAGAAAGCUCUGGAGGAGACGACGCAGUGUAAUGGUAAAGAGGAAGUGCGAGAUGUUAAGAACUUGCCACUGUCCAGGCGGGGGAGAGGCAAAACGACGGCGGAGGCUCUGAAGAUGCCGCAACUUACGCCGGAAUCUCCCAGCACGAAGAACAGAGCCGAAAGUUCUGUGAUACCGCCUCCUUCGUUGUCUCCACCGCCCGAGUCGAUGAAGAACUCUCCCGUUCGAAACAAGCAACCGUCGGUGCCGGAGUCACCGUCUGCGAAGCACUCCAGUAACAUUGACAACAAGAGCGAGACCACGGAAGAUAGUGGUUUGCCCGUUCCCACGGAAACGGAAGUGGUAUCCGCGAGUUCCGGCGAAUAUGAGGGCGGCGAUGAGGAUGAAGGAGAAGAGGAAGAAAUAGCCGCACCGACGCCUAAACUCGUGACGCAAUCGGCCUCGCCCAGCAUGGAGAAUCCCGUGACAGAAUCGUGUGAGGACGAGAAAGCGGAUAACAAGAUUCCGGAGAAAGACAACGAUGAGAGCUCGUUGCAGAAGACGGAAGCAGCGGAUCUAUCACUAGCGGUCGGCGACGAUCAGACUGAAACUUUAAACGAAUGUGAUAAGGACUCCGAGACUGAGAAGCGUCCAGUUUGCAGUCCGGAGGCAUCGAAAUCAGUACCUGAACCAGUUGCUUCACCAAAAGAGGAGGAAGUCGAGAAGUCGGAGAGCAGCGUCAUGCCGAAAAAGGACGACCGUGAUAGCCCUCCCAAAGAGGAGCUCGUUCCCGAAACGCCGAAGGAUACCAAAAUUGAUUUGUCGCGACCAAAAACGGAACCUUUACUCGUGGAGAAAAAGGACACGUGCGCUCUCGUCAACGCGACGGUGACGUCGGAAGCUGAGCCCCUCACGCCGCAAGAGAAACCGUUGUCCGCUGUGGAGCAUCAGGAUACGACCUUGCAGUUACAGAAUCAAACGGAAGAACUGAAGCAGCAUUCGCCGGAGAGUGGCAAGACUACGCCCCAUCUGGAGAAUCCGGGUUCGGUGAAGAGAACACCGCCGUCGCAACCGGAUCUGCCGUCCAUGGGAGUCUACACCCCGGACUCGACGACUAACUCGGUGCACUCGCUGCACUACAGCCAGUGCGACCUAGAUGUGAGUCAGUUGGGUCUGGAGUCGCCCACUUCCAUCGCCAGCGAUCUCGCGUCGCAAAACAGCGUGGAGAGACCGCCCAGUGCUUUACCGUCUAUCCCACCGUCUGUAAGCGUGCCGAUCUCGGUACCCAUGCAGAUUGCGACGCCGGUUACAUCGUCGGUGCCGGUGAUAAUGCCGCAGCAGGUGCAGUACGCCGACUGCUCGAUGCAUACUCCGCCGGCCCAUCACCCGAGCAUUCACUCGAUGCAUCAGCCACACACCCCGCAAUCUCUCCAGCAGCCGCGUACUCCGCAGAGCAUCCCGACCCAGAGCCCGCAGCCACUUCCGCAGAGUCAUACGCCGCAACCAAUGCCGCAGUCGCACACGCCGCAGAGUAUACCUACGCAGAGUCCGCAACCGUUGCCUCAAAGUCAUACGCCGCAGCCGUUGCCCCAGUCGCACACGCCGCAACCGAUGCAGCUGUCGCUGGCGCAGCAGGCGCAGAGUCAAAGUAUGGCGCACAGUCAGUCUCAGCAAACCCAGUCGCAGCAGCAACAGCAACCUGCGCAUCAGCAGCAGCCCCAGCCUCAACAGCAACCGCAGCAAACUCAACAAUCUCAAUCGCACAGCAAGCGCGGUUCACAGACCACACAUAGGUCCAGGUCGACGCAACAGAGUAGCAGAUCGCAUCGGGCCACUCCACCGACGUCCCACUCCACCCAGACCUCUCAGCACAGCGUCGCGACCAGUCACAGCAGUACCGUGGCGCACACGGCGCAUGUGGCGGUGCCCCCGCAGUAUCAGCAGUCGCCGUCGAUGAGCGUGCCUCCAUCAGUGCCGCAUCCGCACUCGCACACCCCGCACGCCGCGCACUCGCACAACAUGGCCGUGAUCUCGCAGGGCAAUUACAUGGCAGUGGCGGCGGGUUCGCAAGGCUUCUCCACACAGAAUGCCUACGUGAUCCAGCAUCGCAGCGGUCGUUCUGGCGCGCCGACGCCUUGCACCACCGCCACGAAUUUCUACAUACAAACGAGCGCGAUGCCGCCGCACUCGCAUACCCCGGCGCCGACUCCGCUGUCCGCCUCCGGCGGUAGUCAUCAGACCACCAAUUCGUGCAGUCUGGCGAAAUUGCAGCAGCUCACCAAUGGCUUGGAGAUGAUACCGCCGACGCCGCCGCCAGCGAUGAACCUCACGCCGCCGCCACCCAUCCCACACACCAUGACGCCCCCGCAGUCGUCGCGGCAGCUGCCGACGCCACCUCAGGUUGGACCCUUGGGCUACCCGAAGAACUAUUACAACGUUAACACCGUGCCGCCUGGCACGCCCGGACCGCCCGGCCGGUCCACCUCGCGCUCGUCCGCGAACAACAUGCCGUCGCUCACGCAGCCGUAUCCCAACGAGAGCCUCUAUCGGCAGACCCUCGAUCCAGGCGGUGCCUGCCCGCAGAUGCAGAGCGCCGCGAGCCGCGUCAGCCCGAAUGUCGCUCUCAACACGAAUCUCAUGGCCGCUCAGUACGGUUACCGGGUAGCACAACCGGCGACCGGUUACAUGAAUCAAGCAGCGCAGCUCGGCGGCUUCAUGAACCAGGCGAGUCAGCUGCCGGUCGGCGUGGUCAACGUCCCGGCGCCGUAUCCGCAGGAUCCGCACCAGCAGAACCCGGCGGCCGUCUACACGUACCACGGUUACAUCAACGGCGGUCUCAUGCAGCCCCUCAACAGCUCGAUGAGGCCGCGCUAGCUGCGAUCAUCGCCUAUCCCGAAUGGAUCAAUCUCUCUCAACGUUCGGACGGACGAACGAACUUUUUCGCGCGACAAGUUAAUGCUCUCUUCGAUACGACCAUCGACGGCGACCCAUCUUCGAUUUCCUGCUACGUGACCGACUGCUCGCCGUUUUCAUUAGCUCUGUCCACGAGCCAGACUUGCUCGAGUCUUCUCGUCACUCUGAUUUAUUUGCGUCAGCAAUCCUCUUUUUCCGAUCCAGAUACUCCACGCAGCUUCUGAUGGUGAUGGUGCUCGCUGUGAUUGGCGAACACAGACGGUCGAUAGCCGUAAUGAACAGUGCGGCGGAUCGCGAGAGAACUGAGUGACGCACUUGUAACAGAAGCAGAAUCCAUGUUCGGCAAAUCCGUUCGUCAAACAUAAUGUAUUUUAAUUCUUUACCAAGCAAAAUAUAUUCGCGAAUCACUAGUGUAUUAGCGUGUGUCUUAUAUACGCCGGUACGUCCGAAAUUCGCUACGCGAAUAUAUAAUGCGCAUUACUGUUUUAACUGCACAUUCAAUUUUAG